CACGUGAUGAAUCAUACUUCCUCUACCAGUCAGGCCUCAGCCCUCUGCGUUUCUUCUUUCGUGAUCAGUGACACAGAGAUGGCGAGUACGAGAGUCACAAACUUGCAGAGUGCAAAGCAGCAGCCGCUGGUUCAGCCUCAGGGAGCUGUACAGAUGCGCAUUAAGAGCUCACAGACCUCCGGAGACCGUCUGAGUCAGUCCAAGUCCAUGGUGCUGCAGGAGUCUGACCUCCCACAGAAACCUAUCUCCCGGCAUCGCAGGAACCAAUCUCAGCACAACGUUGCUGUUGCAGGAGCUGCAGUGUUUGAACCAGUGGUGGAACUGAAAGGUGAACACCUGAAUGUGGCUAAAAUCUCAGACAGUGGUAAGAAGCAGAGGAAGAACUGGACUUCAAUGUGGACCGUGUUGACCUUAGACCAGCUACUGUUUAAUAAAGACAGACAACAAGAAUCUGCUCAGAAACCAGGAAGUAAGACAGAUGUGGUCCAGCUGUGUGGAGCUGUUGUCGAAUGGACAACAGAGAAGUCGAGCAGGAAAAAUGUGUUCCAGAUCACAACAAACACAGGAAGUGAGUACCUCCUGCAGGUUGAGAGUAACUCCACUGCCAACAAAUGGUAUGACGCCAUCAGAAAAGCUGUCAACUCUUCAACUAAAGCAGAUGGAGGUUUUCCCCUACGGAGGUCAAACAGCACAGAGUACCUGCCCAGACACAGCUCCCUAUCUGGCUAUGGCUCAGCCUCCCCCAACCCCAAGCAACGCAACCCGGUUCACAGACGCUCCAUCAACAUGUUUGGCGGCUCAAAGCUGAAACACAGUACCUCGGACAGCGCUGACAAGAACGGAGUAAAGAACAGACUGAAGAAGUUCAUCACCAGACGUCCAUCCAUGAAGACGCUACAGGAGAAAGGCCUCAUCAAAGAUCGAGUGUUUGGGUGCCAUCUGUUGACUCUAUGCGAACGUGAAGGAACCACGGUGCCCAAGUUCGUUCAGACCUGUUUGGACGCCGUCAAUAAACGAGGUCUGGAGGUCGAUGGAAUCUACAGAGUCAGUGGAAAUCUGGCUACAAUCCAGAAACUUCGCUUUGUGGUCGAUCAAGAGGAGGACCUGGACCUGGACCACAGUCAGUGGGAGGACAUCCAUGUCGUUACAGGAGCGCUAAAGAUGUUUUUCCGUGAGCUGCCAGAGCCGCUGUUCCCCUUCAGGUUCUUCCAGCCGUUUGUGGAGGCCAUCAAGAUAAAAGAAUCCAAACACAAAAUUCAGGCUGUGAAGAAACUCAUCCAGGAGCUACCCAGACCCAACCAGGACACCAUGAAGCUGCUCUUCAGCCACCUGCACAGAGUUCUGGCCUUUUCCAGGAAGAACCUGAUGUCCACUCAGGGCAUCGGUAUCGUGUUCGGCCCGACACUGAUGUGGCCUGAGCUGGACGCAGGAAACAUGGCAGUCAACAUGGUCUACCAGAACCAGAUUGUGGAGUUCAUCCUGAUCGAGAGCAGAGAGAUCUUCAACCUGGACAGGAAGUAAAAGUUCCUGAGGUGGAGCUGAUCAUCUGACGGACUCACAUUUACACAUCAAAGCUAAAAAAUAACCAAUUUACUUCUGAGAUGUUAUUGUUUUAAAACAGAAGCCAUGCCUGGUUUGGGCUGGACUGUAAAAAAUAAAUGGAUGGUUUCUGGUCAGAACAUAUUUUGAAGAUAAUUUUUUAAUUACGACAAACGGAUCAGCUCACGGUGUCUGUCCAACAGUGACCACUGCUGUCACCUGCCUCAUUUCAAAACAUUUUUUAAGGUACAUCAAAAACUUCCCAACGAGUUUCAGAGAUUCCUGUCCGUCCAUCUAUCCAUCAGCUAUACCACUAAUCCUAUGAGGGUCAUGGGGGGGCUGAAGCCGAUACCAGCUGUCACAAGGAGUAUAUUUAUAGUGUAUAGCUGUACAGAAAUAAUAAUCUUGUUGAUAUUGAAGAAAUGAUAAACUCGUACUAUGGGAUGAUUAAUCAUGGUCAUGUUUUAGAUCUGAGUGCAGGAGACAAAGUCGGUUCAACAUUAUUAACUUUACUCCACUUUACGCCAGAAUAAGUCAGUGUGAAAUAUUGAUGCACAGUCAUAUUUUUGACCUACAGAUUCUAAACAGAACAUUAACAGUGACCCCACAUUGACAGAGCCCACACUGCGCACAAGAGCACCCAGAUCAGUAACAGUCCAUUUCCAGAACCACAAGGUGAGGCACAGCUGCCUCCAGCUGCCUGGCAGAGGACGACGUUCAGGUGAAUGAGUGCAGGAUAUUUGUUUAAGCAGUGUAAUUGAUGUAACUUACAGACAUAAGAAAGCUUCAGCAAAGAAAAAUCAAGUCACAGAAUUUUUCCUGCAAGCCUGAAAUUAUUUGAGAAGGAUGGAAACAUCAAGAUGUUUGGUAACUCUCGAGUCACGGCAGAGGGUCUACAUGCUUAUGGCAUCAGCAUGGAGACUCCAGCUGGGUUAGGGUUAACCUUAACCCUGUGGGGGUCUGGCAAGUGAGGAAUGGUGGAACAGAAUUUCAGAACUGGAGGCUGCUGGGCUGAACAUGUGGUAGAGGGAAAGGCAGGUGGGGAGGGACUCUGUUAGAUUCGUCAGGGAAGGGCAGGAACCGGAGCUGAGGCAGGCAGACAGGACAUGAAUAAUACCGCGGCACAAGGAAAGUGAGGUCAGACUGAUGUUUUAAAUAAUCACGAGGAAACAAACAAACCUUUACAGAGAGGCCUAGAUGUGUACCACUCCGGUAGACUGAAUAAUCUGGCCAAGAGGGACUGUAAAACCAGGGCUGAAAUACUGCUGGCUGAUAAGAUGACGUGAGUCAGGAGAGGAACCAGGGAGGAGACAUAGGAAAAGCCAGAGAGAGAGAGAGAGAGAGAGAAAAAGAAAAAGAAGAGAGAGAGAGAGAGAGAGAGAAAAAGAAAAAGAAGAGAGAGAGAGAGAGAGAGAGAGAGAGAGAGAGAGAGAGAGAGAGAGAGAGAGAGAGAGAGAGAGGAGACACGGGGUGGAGACCAAAGGAGAAUGGGGAACACACCUGGAGCCUGGACCAGGACCAUGGCAGUUCUUCCAGUUUUUAAAAUGGGAGACAAACACAGCUUUACUAACUACACACCAGUGUCCUGGGUUAGGACUGCUGUCCUGCUUUCACUUUGUUUGUAUGAAAACUUGAUCGUUUUAAUGAAAAGAAUUAAAUUGUUGAGUGAGAGUCA